CUAGUUGUACUUCAAAGAACAUGAAUACUUCAGAUACACAUCACAGUGUGGUAUUAGUACUUGCACUGUGGUAUAGGACAUGAAUACUUCAGAUACACAUCACAGUGUGGUAUUAGUACUUGCACUGAGGUAAAGGACAUGAAUACAUGCUGACGCAUAAUGAAAGAGUAGUCAUGUAUAUUUCCAGAUGACGUCACUCAUUAUGCCUCUGCUGGGAGAGGCAAACCACAGCGUCCGCGCAUGCGCAAAGCUGCGGCUCUUCACCACAUUGAAGCUGCUGAACUCUCGGAAGUUUAGCCAAGUUGCAGUGAUUUAGCCCGACAGGCUAGCGGUAGAAACACCGUCCCGCGGCGGAAAGAUCGUCAUUUUGAGAGAAAAAAGUUAUUUUUGACGGAAUCCCUCCGCGUGCAGUGAACCGAGGAGGACUACCGAUGGAUUUAAACUGUUUUUCGCCGUUUCAUCCGAGCGAACAACCGCGUUAGACGCCCGUGGAAGAAGUUGUGAUUGUUUUUUUGGCGCUCUAGCAGCGCAGAGGAAAGAUGGAGGAUCUGCUGGAGUAGCAGCAGGACAACGCUAGCUGCUGGUCCGUCUGGUGGUCGUCUGUGUUGGGAUUCGGAGCCUGGAUUCCGUCACUGUGACUAGCUGCUGUUCAUGUUUCCAAACCAACCCGGGCAUGAGAGACCUUCUGGCUCCGAGGAUGGAACCACAUCUACUGGAGGCAGGAUCUAGACGUCACAUGGUGCUCUGAAGAAGCCAUGGGUAGCUGCUUAAGCUGUCCACAGAAAGAAUCGGUUCCAGAUAAUCAUCAAAGUAAAUUCAAGGUGAUAAACGUAGACGACGAUGGGAACGAACUGGGCUCAGGUGUGAUGGAGUUGACUGACUCUGAACUCGUCCUUCACACCCAUCGGCGGGACGACGUCAGGUGGCCGUACUUGUGUCUGCGUCGCUAUGGCUACGACUCGAACCUCUUCUCCUUUGAAAGCGGCCGGCGCUGCCAGACCGGUCAAGGUAUUUUUGCCUUCAAAUGUUCUCGAGCUGAAGAGAUCUUCAACAUGCUGCAGGAGGUGAUGCACAGUCACAGCAUCAGUGUGGUGGAGGAGGCGGUGCUGGAGCCCCCGGCCGCCCACACACCAGCAGCUCUGGGUUACUCGGUGCCCAACGGUGUGACCAGGAUCCCGUCUGUGGGGGAGGCCCCGUCUCACCCCUCAACCCGACACCCGUCUGUGGCGAGCACCCGUCUGCCCUCCGUGGGAGAAGAAUCCACUCACCCCCUGCUGGUGGCCGACGAGGCGGUUCACACCUACGUGAACACCACGAGGCUCCUGGAGGAGCAGCCGAGCCCCGUGACGGUCACCACUCCUCUGGAGAGCCCCGCCUCCCCCCGCUCUCUGUGCCCGCCGACCCCCCCGCCUCCCCCGAGGGCCCGCGCCGAGCCGUUGGACCCGGAGCCGCAGGUGCUGCUGGAGCCUCAGGGGGUCCGCUUUGUGCUGGGCCCCACCCCCGUUCAGAGGCAGCUGAUGGAGAAGCAGCAGCAGCAGGAUUCGAAGGAGGUGGAGGAGCCCCGAGAGACUAAUGGCCACCUGGCGACCCCCCCCGAGCCCGCCCCCCAGCUCUCCAACGGCUCCUCCUCCAAUGCCUCCACUGCACCUCGGCGCCAACGCCCGCCCCCCCUCACGCCAGACCAGCAGAAUGUCAACAACUCGGCCCAGCGCCGCACCGCCCUGCUGGACUACGAGAACCUGCCGCCGCUGCCCCCCGUGUGGGAGACCAGGAAGUUGAGCUCUGAGGAGGAGGAGGUCGCCAAGACGCCGUCAGUCAACGGCUACAACCACCACCCCCCCCCCCACAGCCUGCUGCACCACUCGUACUCCCACCCUCUGUCCCCCAGCCACGAGGCCUCCCACAACUACGUCAACACGGAGAACGUGGGCGCCCCGCUCAGCGCCCACCGGCCCGACACGGCGCGGCGCCGCACCGAGGGCGCCACCGUCUUCAACUUCGACUUCCGCCGGCCGGGGGGGCACGCCGAGCCGCCCAAGACCCUCAACUACAUCGAGGUGGAGAUGGACGUUGGUGUUGGGAACAAGGGCGCUUCGGACGGCAGCAACCCGCACACGCCGCGCACCCCCACCUCCCCGCUGCCCCCCACCACCCCCACCCGCCGCACCGAGCUCUACGCCCUCAUCGACAUUGAGCGGACCGCCGCCAUGUCCAGCCUGCAGAAGGCCCGGCCGCGGGACGACGGCACGUCGCGCAAGACGCGGCACAACAGCACGGAGCUUCCCACCAAGAGCACCGCGUGAGCCCCCCCGAGCAGUGACUCAAUGACCUCCUGGGGGCUCACGCCACAUUCCUCCUCCUCGUAUGGUACAAAUCAGUAUUACUGAACAAAGCAUUCCAUUUAUUCUUUUAUAUGAUUGAUGCUGCUGUAACCGGGGGUGACGUGGUACACACGUGUGUUUAUGUACAGUAGGUUCUGGCACAAUAAAUGUCUGUCCCGUUUUUAUUUGUA